AUGACGGAAGAGGUUUCAUCUACAAAAUCCUCUAUUCCAACUUAUGAACCUACCGACGAAAAUUCUGCGACAACAGCAACAGAAAAUUUAGUUAGUCAUUCAACUUCAAUAACACCAACAUCAAUUAAUCGUACAUUUGCUCCCUUGAAUACUCCAUUAUAUCGUCGACGACAAACUUUAACAAUUCUUGUUUGGUUGCUUAUGCCAUGGGUAUGUCUUUAUAUAUCAUUACUUCUUCUUCGUUGUCAAAAUUGGUAUGUUGUUGGUGCUUUUAUUACUUAUUUAACAUGGAUGGUUUUUUUUCAAAAAUAUCCCAGACAAGGUGGAUUAAAACAACAAUGGCUUCGACGACUCAAAUGGUGGAAAUGGUUUGCUGAUUAUUUUCCUAUACGUUUACAUAAAACAUGUGAUUUACCACCAGAUCGUCCAUAUAUAUUUGGUUGUCAUCCGCAUGGAAUUAUUUCACUUGGUGCUUUUGGUAAUUUUGCAACUGAAGCAACUGGUUUCGAAGAAAAAUUUCCUGGUAUUGAUCUUCGUUUACUAACAUUAAAAAUCAAUUUUCGUAUACCAUUCUACGGUCUUUAUUUAUCAUUUAUGGGUCUAUGUGAUGCUUCAAAAGAAUCAUGUAAUUAUAUAUUAGCAAAAGGUAAUGGUAAUAGUAUAUUAUUAGUAUUGGGUGGUGCUAAAGAAUCUCUAGAUGCUCGUCCAUCACAAGAAUAUUUUUUAACAUUAAAAAAUCGUAAAGGUUUUGUUAAAAUUGGUUUAGCUCAUGGUGCAAGUCUUGUACCAGUUUUUUCUUUUGGUGAAAAUGAUCUUUAUGAUCAAAUACCAAAUCCACGUGGUUCAAAAUUACGACAAAUACAAAUAAAAAUGCAACAACGUUUAGGUUAUGCAACACCAUUUUUUAAAGGACGUGGAAUAUUUCAAUAUGCAUUUGGAUUUUUACCAAAUCGACGUGCUAUUGAUACAUAUGUUGGUGAACCAAUACAUUUACCAAAAUUAGAACAUGAUAACAUUACACCUGAAAUUAUUGAUAAAUAUCAUACAGAAUAUAUGGACGCAUUAAAACGUUUAUUUGAUACAUAUAAAGCAAAACAUGGCAAUGCCGAUGCAACAAUCAAAUAUGUUACUGAUAAUGAUUGA